AUGAAUAACAUGAACGUGCCAUCAAGAUCCAAGACGCUCGAGACCUAUGCAGAUGGAAAUCUUUUGAAAAAAGUUCAAAUGGCAAGAUGCUCCGAAGGGCAGACACUGCCUGGGCAUAACUCAUCUUUCAUCAUUAAUGACAAAAAUGACUCGGAUUGCAAGUUCACUCCUGAUAAAAAUGACUCGGAUUGCAAGUUCACUCCUUCAGUUUUCUCAACACCUAUCCUCUCUACAAAACCAGGCAAGAAGUAUGAUCAACAUACCGGAGGCAGUUACAAACAUCUUGAUUCUCAAAGUGACACCCAGUUCAAUCAGGAUUAUCAACAAUUAGACUGCUCUCGGGAGCAAGAGAUCAACAACAGCACCAACCACAAAAACAUCAACUACAUCAACAGCAAAUACAAAGACAAAAACAACAACAACCAUAAAAACAUCAACUACAUCAAUAGCAAACACAGCAACGUCAACAACAACAAAAACAUCAACUACAUCAACAGCAAAUAUAACAACAACAACAACAACCACAAAAACAUCAUCUACAUCAACAGCAAAUAA